AUGUCCCCGGUUUGGGGAAGAGACCACACACACGAAGGACCAUUCUCAGCACAGUGGUACCGAGUGCAACUGGACACCCUCCGCGGCCACUACAACCAGAGCCAGGACGGGUCUCACACUUUCCAGAGGAUAUUUGGCUGCGACUUGGGGACCGACGGGAGCCUCCUCCGCGGGUACUGUCAGUGGGCCUAUGAUGGUGCCGAUUACCACGCCCUGAACGGGGACCUGCGCUCCUGGACCGUGGUGGACACGGCUGCUCAGAUCACCCAGCGCGAGUGGGAGGCGGGCAGCACAGCUGAGAACUUCAGGAACUUUGUAGAGGGAAGGUGCCUAGAGUGGCUGCUCAGAUUCCUGGAGAUGGGAAAGGAGGUGCUACAGCAUUCAGGUAAGAGGGGCCUAGAGGACUCCUGACCUCCCCUGUGACUGGCACCCCACAGCUGAAAUGGAAUCAUGGUCAGAAUAGCGCCCACUUUCUGGUCAGAGAGGAAGGAGUCCCCCUGGAUUUCCUGUUCUGUACUAGAGAGAGACUUUCCCACAGGGCACGACUUUAACUGAAGGACAAAGAAUCCAGUCUCUCUUGACAUGGAGGGGA